UCACGUGUUUGACGCAAAUUGCUAACCAUACCCACCUUACCAACUAAUAAUAAAAAGUAAGAUUCCCAUUACCUAAAAAAAAUAAAAUCCUUCUACUUUAAAUUUGAUCCAAGCAAAUUAAAAUCGUACAUACCCUUAAAUUAGUUCAUUGUUUCUUGAUUUAUUCUAUGAGAAAAUUUUAAUUUCUUUUCAGAUUUUUCUGUCACAAUUGUUGGUUGAAUAAAUUUUGGGGGUUUUCCUAUUUGUUGGCCAAAAUUUGUAAAAUCCAUAUUUUGGGGUUUCCCAUUUGUUGGCUAUAAUUUGUAAAUUUCAUUUUUUGAGGACAUGGGGUCAUAUUUUGAUAGGUGGGAAAAAGAUCCAUUCUUUUUUGCUGCAGAAGAGGUUCAAGAAUCUGCUGACAGGAUGGAAUCAACUUACAGAACAUGGAUUCAUGCGUUGAAGGAUACCUCUGGUCGUUGGGAUUCCGAUGAGCUAUGCAGAGACCUAAGGACUACCCUUGGCACUGCUAAAUGGCAGUUGGAGGAAUUUGAACAGGCAGUUAGUUCGAGCUACAAUAAUACUUCUUCAACUGAUGAUGCUAAAGAAAGGCAUGGUGAAUUUAUUACUGCGAUCGACAAUCAGAUUAAGAAAGUAGAGAAGAGUCUAAAUGAAUCAGCUUUUUCACAAGGCAAUCAAUGGGUGCGCUUGGAUGAGAGGGAGCUCGAUGAACUAGCUGUUUUUCUCUCAGGACCGUCGGCCUCUUCUUCGUUUUUGGACAAAUCCUCUGUAAAAGUUGACGAAGAGGAUUGUAAGCAACGAAUGCCAGAGUAUUCAAAGAGUUCGUCUAACUUAGUGGACGGGAGUCAAGUUGAGACCACCAAGGAUGAGAAGUUUCCAAACCACCGGAAGACAGCAAGUGAUUUUGCUGAUAUUGGUGCUUGGAAGAUUUCCGUUGCUGAUGACAUUUACGGAAAACAACCUGCACCAUGCCCUCGCAAGAUACCCAGUAUCCAAGGGCUGUUGAAUUGCAUGGAAUCUGCAAAGUUGAAGUUGUCAAAGAAUGGUUACAGGAAGUUGAAGUUCAACCCUGUUGAUCAUCAACAAGCUGAUUGUACAUUGCCGCAGUCUCAGCCAUUGACUAGGGGCAUCAACACAUGUUGUGAGAGGAGUAAGAGUUGCCUUGAUUGUUGUGAUGAAAGUUAUGAGAAGCAACUCUAUGGUUGGUAUGGAGCAGUACAACGACAGCUGCAGAGGUCUCAGUAUUAUAUGAAAUAUAAUCGACUUGUUCAAAUGGUUUCUUCUGUGGUUCUUCUAAUUUUCUUCAUUGUUUUAUUGGUGUUCCAUAUUUGAGUGACGAGCCUCUGUUCCUGCAAACGAAGAAGCUUGCAGGGUUUGAAAGAUCAACGAACAACUGCCUAUCAACUGUAUCUUAUACAGGCAUGUGAUUUUGUUGGAGUCAUAUGAAGCUGGAACUGAUUGCACUAGAAUAGUGUCUGUAAUACCUUAACCUCUAUCCUGCCAAUAUAAGUGCCACUAGGGGUAGCUAAAUACUGUUGUACUAUAAGAUGAAUCUUAUGGAUUGCAGGUAAUGUUGUUCCAAAUCUGCAUCCAACAGAAAUGAACCAUUUCAGCUCUAUUUGACCCUCUAAUCUUGUAUAGUGUGCUAUAGUUCAUUGUUUGGAUGUGAGUCUAAGCUGCCGCUUCUUCUUCCUGUUCAGGCUUCUCCUCACCAUUCUUUUGUCAAUUGCAGUAACGCUUAUGUAUAACACGAUUAGGUAUGCCAGUCGUUCUUAAUUUUAUGCCCCUGGAAUUUGAUCGGUUUUACGUCAGCGCAAGUCGAAUCCUAGGCCUUGUGUUCCUGUCUUUCACUUGGUUGUUAAAGUUCAUUUUUUAUGUUGUAAUCAUCAUUAUAAUAUAUUUUCCAUUCGGUGUUUUUUCGCUA